AUGACAUUUGCGGAGUACAGGGUUCAUCCCAGUGCCCGCGGCCAUCAUGGUCACACCACGUCGAUAGAGACGGCACGCGAUCAGCCAUAUUCGACGACCUCGGUCGCGGGGUUCAAACGGCCUGCUUACAACGAGCCGGAGCCCGUUGAGAAACACACGCGUUUUCUUCAAACUACGUCCGCGUCAAGGACACUCCCAGACCCGCCUACCUAUGUGGAAACCUCUUCUCGCAACUCUCGUCGAAGCUGGCCUCAACCUCGCCUGGAUGCAGGAAAGAUUGUCAAAGUCGAUGACUUUGACCAUGUGAACCAUCAGACACAAUCACAUAUUGUUCCACUACCUCCAAUCUUUUCUUCGACUCCUGGUCCUUCACAGAAUCCGUUGCUGACUCUUCGACAUCCACGAUAUGGUCUUCCGGAAAAGCUUGUCGACAAUUUUGAAGCACUCGGUGUAAGGGCAAUAUACCCCUGGCAGUCUUCCUGCCUGUUGGGCCAGGGUUUACUCAGUGGAGUACAGAACCUGGUCUACACUGCCCCUACAGGCGGAGGCAAGUCUUUGGUAGCAGAUGUACUUCUCCUGAAAAAGGUCAUCGAAAAUCCGGGCAAGAAGGCCAUCUUGGUGUUGCCUUAUGUUGCACUGGUCCAAGAGAAACUCCAGUGGCUUCGACGUCUUGUCGAUGGAGUAUUAAAGCAAACCGACGAGUCAUCUGAAUCGUUAGGUUUCCAGCAACGUCCCAAAAGCCGUGCCAUCCGCGUGGCUGGUUUCUUUGGGGGGAGCCGAUUCCAAGUUAAUUGGUUUGAUUGGGAUAUUGCAGUAUGCACGAUUGAAAAGGCGAAUGCUCUGGUCAAUUCGGCAAUUGAGAAUGGGAAGUACGGAGAUAUUGGUGCUGUUGGACUAGACGAGCUACAUAUGCUCAACGAUGAGCAUCGUGGAUAUAUUAUGGAACUGCUCGCGACGAAACUUCUGGCAUUGGACGCUGAGGUGCAAAUCGUUGGCAUGAGCGCAACACUACCCAAUCUACAGCUUGUGGCGACUUGGCUCAAGGCCAAAUUCUAUGUCGCAAAAUACCGGCCAAUUCCAAUCGAGGAACAUCUCGUGUAUGAGAAUGGGAUAUACCCAACGGCCAAUGCCAAACAAUUUCUCUUGACUGCCAGUCAACUUUCAGCAGGCAUGUUAACACCUAGCUCGAACGCCAAACCUUGCAGGAAAAUUGGCCAGUCGAAAAGUUUUGAGCUCCGAAACAGCGUGACAAACUCGGUAGUGGCUUUGACAAUCGAAAACGCCGUCGCUGGGCAUGGAACUUUGGUUUUUUGCAAUAGCAGGGCGGGUGUUGAGCGAAUGGCCGUUUUGAUCAGCGAGGCAAUGCCCACAUCCACAUGGUCAGACGAGGCGUGGAGCCAACGACAGGACGUUCUGGCCUCAUUGCUUGCUCUUCCCGACGGGUUUGAGGAGAUCCUGGGCAAAACCAUUCCGGCUGGCGUUGGGUUUCAUCAUGCUGGACUCACCACAGAAGAACGAUCAAUAAUCUCCAAUGCCCACGAUUCUGGAACGUUGAAAGUCAUUGUUGCUACUUGCAGUCUGGCUGUUGGCAUCAACCUUCCCGCACGGAGAGUUAUUCUCAACGGUGCGCGUAUGGGUCGCGAGAUGGUAGGCCCUGCAAUGCUUCGACAAAUGAAAGGUAGAGCGGGUCGGAAAGGCAAGGAUGAAGUUGGGGAAACAUAUCUUUGUUGUGAGGACUACGAGUUGCAAGGUGUUGCCGCAUUGCUCGAGGCUGAGAUGCCUCCGGUGCAAAGUUGCUUGACGUCGGAGAAGCGUGGGGUCACAAGGGCCCUCCUUGAGGUUAUUGCGAUACGGAUGGCGUCCAGUCGCGAUUCGCUUGACGAUUAUGUCGAAUGUUCACUUUUAUGGCACACGGUCGCUCCAAAUUUGCUUGGGGACAUUGUUGGCAAAGCCGUCGAUGAGCUGAUCGCACUCGAGUUAGUUCAGAAGGCAGAGUAUGAGCACUGUCUAGAACCUACCAAGCUAGGGAUAGCGGUUGUGGCAAGUGGGCUCAGCCCCGAGGACGGAGUUUUUGUGUAUUCCGAUCUGCAACGGGCGAUUGAAUCGUUUGUAAUGGACGGUGAUCUGCACAUUAUUUAUCUCUUCACACCAGUCCAGACAAUGGGGCUGGCGGAAAUUUCGUGGGUAACAUUCCGCAAUCAGCUCGAUUUGCUGGACGACAGCGGGUUGCGCGCAAUGCGACUUAUUGGAGUCGAUCCUGCGCUUGUCAACCGACUGGUCAAUAGUGGGGGCGUGCUGAAAGAAAACACGCCUGAGGAAAUUCGGAUUUCACGUGUUUACCGGCGGGCAUAUUCUGCCUUUCAAUUGCGCGAUCUCUGCAACGAGAUGUCGGUGCAUCGUAUCAGCAAGAAAUACAACGUUGCGCGUGGCCAGGUACAGACACUCUCACAGACUUGUCACGGGUUUGCUGCUGGAAUGAUCAAAUUUUGCGAGCGCAUGGAAUGGGGCAUGCUCGGCGCAGUUUUGGAACACAUGUUGGACCGGCUCCGGGCUGGGGCACGAGCAGACCUUUUGGAAAUGGCCCAAGUUCCAUUUGUCAAAAGUCGGAUGGCUCGAGCCUUCUGGGAGAAUGGGUUCAAAACUGUUGCAGCAUUGAGUGAAGCAGACCCGGCGGCGCUGGUGCCAGUCAUGAUGCAGGCUCAGGGCAGGAGACCGUACUCGGAUGAGGAAGCAUUGGAAAACUUGAAGGGAAAACUUCUGAGCAAGGCGGAAAUCAUCGUGAGAGGUGCAACCAGGAUUUGGGAGAGACAGCAGAUGGCUCAGUGGGAAGAGGAGUGAUCUUGGAUCGUUAGGGCAGGUUUGAAGUCGUUGCGAGGGCUUGAAAUGUAGAAAUAUCCCUGCAGCUCGCAGAAUCAGCAUUCCUAAAAGAUAUGAGCUAUUCUCGGUGUGCAUCGUCUCGAAUUGGAAGAAGUAAUCUCUGAUCCGGGUGGAUAGAUG